CAAUCGUCAUCCCAUGAUCCCAUCCCAAAACUCCCCGUCUCUACUCCCUACUGGCCUCCUCCCACGAGUCGGAUACCGAACCUCGGCGGCGUCGGCGCCACGCGAGCAAAAACCCUAGUGCGAGCAAGCGAGAGGCAGAGACCUCAGUGCCUCGAGCAACGCGCGCCCGGCCCGACGGCAUGGAGAGCCUCAUCCUCGCCUCCUCCUGCUCCGCGUCCCCACGGCUCCCGCUACUCUCCUCCGCCGCCCGCUUCCGCGGGCUGCCCGUUUCCGUGCCGCCGCCGUCUUCGGCGUCCAUCAGCGGUGCCGCGAGGAAAGGGCCGAUGAGGCCCAGGCUCUUCGUUGCCGCGGCGGCGGCUCCUCGCGGCUCCGGAAACGUUUUCGAGGGAUUGAGAGCAAAAGGCUUUGCAAGCAUGUCAUCUUCGACUGGCAAUGAGAAUAUGUCUACUGGAACUGGUACACUACCUCCCAUGCCACCCACAUCAUCAUAUAUUGGUUCACCUGUUUUCUGGAUUGGAGUUGGUGUAGCAUUGUCUGUGGCGUUUACCACGGUCUCUUCCAUGUUAAAGAGAUAUGCCAUGCAACAAGCAUUUAAGUCAAUGAUGACCCAGUCAGCACCAAACUCAUUUGGCUCCAACUCGCCUUUCCCAUUUAGCAUGCCGCCACAGGCAUCUCCUACUGCUCCAAGCACUUACCCGUACUUGGAACCAAAGAAAGAUACUUCCCCGCAUGUGUCAACUGUUGAUGUCUCAGCUAAUGAAGUGGAAGCCACUGGAACAUCGAAAGAGGUGGAUGUUACUGAAACGCCAAAACCUUCAAAGAAGUUUGCAUUUGUUGAUGUUUCUCCCGAAGAGUUGCAGCAAAAGAACCUCCAAUCUUCACCGGAGACGGUAGAUGUAAAACAUGAUAGUACAUACAGUGAAAGUAAGGAGGAUACUGAGGAACAAGUUCCCACAAUUAGUACAAACACUGAAAGUAAGGAGGAUACUGAGGAAAAAGUUCCCACAAAUGGAGCAUCUUUUAAGCUGAACGAAGGUGCUGCUCAUGGGCCAACUGAAUCUAAUAACUCGGCAUCUAUGCUAUCCGUUGAGACAAUUGAGAAAAUGAUGGAAGAUCCAGCUGUGCAGAAGAUGGUGUAUCCCUACUUGCCUGAAGAGAUGCGGAACCCAAAUUCAUUCAAGUGGAUGCUGCAGAAUCCAAUGUACCGCCAACAACUACAGGAUAUGCUAAAUAACAUGGGCGCAACUCCUGAUCAAUGGGAUAACCGCAUGCUUGAUCACCUUAAGAACUUCGACCUUAGCAGUCCAGAAGUGCGGCAGCAGUUUGCGCAAGUUGGCAUGACUCCUGAGGAAGUAGUAUCGAAAAUAAUGGCAAACCCAGAUGUAGCUGUUGCAUUCCAGAAUCCAAAAAUACAGACAGCCAUCAUGGACGUAAGACCAUUGCUCGCAGAACCCUCUUAACAUUGUAAAAUACCAAAAUGACAAGGAGGUCAUGGAUGUUUUCAUGAAGAUAUCACAAAUCUUCCCCCAAAUUAACGGCUAGCUGAUCUUCGUCGUGGGAUAGCACUUCUGAUUUUUGUCGGCCCGUCAUCUCCAGUCUGGAGGGCUGCUGCGGUAGCAUCUAUCAAGAAAAGGGUCGUGACGCUCCGAUAUACCCUCCCCGUGUCAAGGUUUUUGAGUUUCUUAUGUACAUCAUGUGAUGUAGCGGCCUUGGUUUAGCUAUGAGUAAUUGAGUAUGACCCUUGCCAGUUCAUUAAGUCAGGCUAUUGACAUAGCAGGGUCCAAGUUUUUAUUAAGCCAGCCAAUCAGUGGAAAGGUGCAGCAGAGACGGUUCGUAUCAGAUCAAUUUUGAUAUAUAAUUGUUAUUAUUAAUCUGUAAUAUAUUAGAGACACAAUGGCAAUGCAAGUAAUCUGUUACGACA